GUUUGAGUUGACCACGGUUCACAGUUUAAACAUUAUUUGAAAGUGCGGCUAGUCGAGAAAACAGUGUAAAUUACAAUAUGCCUGAGUCCUAUAAACUGGUCUAUUUCGCUGGAAAAGGAAGAGGUGAAAUAAGCAGACUCUUGUUUGCAGCAGCUGGGGUGAAAUAUGAGGAUAAAAGAAUCACCUUCGAGGAAUGGCCAAAGGUUAAACCAACAACACCUCUGGGCAGUCUACCAUAUCUAGAAGUAGGCAAAGAAGUCUUAGGACAGAGUCUAGCAAUAGCAAGAUUUCUAGCCAAAAAAUUUGAUUUAUUUGGAAAGACUGACUUAGAAUUUGCAAAGAUCAAUGCCAUAAUGGACACAUUGGUUGAUUACAGAGGCGAAGUAUUUAAGGUCAUGUUUGAGAAAGAUGAAGCAAAGAAGGCAGAGGGCAUGAAGAAAUUAAAUGAAGAAACUCAACCAGCUGUGUUAAAGAAUUUACAGAAAAUGUUAGAAGCAAAUAAAUGCAAGGAAUGUGGAUUUUCUGUUGGUAAAACUUUAAGUGUUGCAGAUUUAUACCUUUAUGAUGUAUUGGAAGGUGCUGUCACUAUGAAGGCCGAUGCGUUGGAUAAAUACCCGGAUGUGAAGGCUUGCUACACCAAAGUUGCAUCUCUUCCUAAAAUAGCUAAAUGGUUGAAAGAGCGUCCAAAAUCAGAUUUUUAAGUACAGAGAACAAUAAUACGUCAUAAACAUUUCCAAAAAUUAGCAGCAAUAAUAAAAUACUCUUGUAAAAUACAA